UGUGAGAGAAUGCCACGGGCUGUGCAGAAUUUCCUAGGCCCAAAAGUGCGGAGCAGCGCAGAGCCAUUUGUGCGUCCUUGUUUGUUUUGCACGUUUCCAAGCGAUGAUAACGCGAAUUCGGGUAGCGUUUGAGGAAACAGUCCCUAGAGUUUGCUUGCUCGCUCAGGGCUGGAUGUAGCUGAUUGGAGUAGCAGCAGUCAGAGUGGGUGAUCACAGGGAGGAGGGGAGAGACUCUGAAGUGGCUUUUCUCUGUGUGUGUGUGUGAUUCUCCAGCGGCCAUGUUAACCAAGAAACCCUGCGCUGCUGCUGCCGCUGUCUACCCGACUGGUAAGGAACCCAAUGCCCGGAUCUGAGAGGGCGACGCCGGUCUCGUUUAUUCUCCGGAUUGGAUUGUGGAGAUGGAUUAUUUAUCCGAUUUAAAUGCUCCAUAACGCUUGCAAAGGGGGUGAGAUUUGCCAGCUACAGUCUUCCCCAGGACUGGGCAUCGGGGGUCCCCGGGCUGGAGCAGGGACUGAAGCCACAUCACCCGUUACAUUACCACCACUCAGGAACAGCAACUCUCUCACGGCUGGAGGCAAUAAGCACACAAUGAAUGACCAUCUGCAAGUUGGGAGUCACCAGCAGAUCCACGUUCAACAGCUGUUUGAGGAAAACAGCAACAAACGGACAGUGUUGACUGCACAACCCAAUGGGUUGACACCCGUAGGUAGAACAGGUCUAGCCAUGCCAGAAAAGCAGCAAGAAAGCAGCCAGUGUCGACAAGGCAGCUCAACUUCCAUCAAAUCAACUGAAAGCAAACCGAAGCCAGCACCUUUGACUCCUGAGCAGGCCAUGAAACAGUACAUGUCUAAGCUUUCAGUGUUUGAACACCAAGAGAUCAUCAGCUACCCUGAGAUCUAUUUUAUAGGUCCAAAUGCAAAGAAAAGACAAGGUGUAGUUGGGGGGUCAAACAAUGGAGGUUAUGAUGAUGAUCAGGGCUCCUACAUUCAUGUGCCCCAUGACCAUAUGGCAUAUAGGUAUGAGGUACUAAAGGUUAUUGGUAAAGGCAGUUUUGGCCAGGUGGUGAAGGCCUAUGACCACAAGAACCACCAGCAAGUGGCCCUGAAAAUGGUGCGUAAUGAAAAGCGAUUCCAUCGCCAAGCAGCUGAGGAAAUUCGCAUUCUGGAACACUUGCGCAAACAGGAUAAGGACUCCACCAUGAAUGUCAUCCACAUGCUGGAGAACUUUACAUUCCGCAACCAUAUCUGCAUGACGUUCGAGUUGCUCAGCAUGAACCUUUAUGAGCUUGUCAAGAAAAACAAGUUUCAGGGCUUUAGUUUGCCGUUAGUGCGCAAGUUUGCACACUCCAUCUUGCAGUGUCUUGACUCCUUGCACAAGAACAGAAUCAUUCACUGCGACCUCAAGCCUGAGAAUAUCCUUUUGAAGCAGCAGGGGCGCAGUGGGAUAAAAGUGAUCGACUUUGGCUCCAGCUGCUAUGAGCAUCAACGGGUCUACACUUACAUCCAGUCACGCUUCUACAGGGCCCCAGAGGUCAUUCUGGGUGCUCGAUACGGGAUGCCAAUCGAUAUGUGGAGCUUAGGUUGUAUCUUAGCGGAAUUACUUACAGGGUACCCUCUCUUGCCUGGAGAAGAUGAAGGGGACCAACUAGCAUGUGUCAUAGAGCUGCUGGGUAUGCCCUCCCAGAAGCUACUGGAUUCAUCUAAGAGAGCCAAAAAUUUUAUCAGUUCAAAGGGAUACCCCCGUUAUUGCACAGUCACAACCUUACCUGAUGGCUCGGUGGUGUUGAAUGGGGGAAGGUCACGAAGGGGCAAACUUAGAGGUCCACCUGGCAGCAGGGACUGGGUGACAGCACUUAAGGGCUGUGACGACCCCCUCUUCUUGGACUUUCUCAAACAGUGUCUAGAGUGGGACCCGUCCCUGCGUAUGACUCCCAGUCAGGCCCUCCGCCACCCAUGGCUCAGAAGACGCUUGCCAAAACCUCCCACUGGGGAGAAAACCACGGUAAAGCGGAUCCCUGAGAGUACUGGUGCUAUAACUUCAAUCUCCAAAUUACCUCCCCCUUCUGGCUCAGCCACAAAGUUAAGGACUAACCUGGCACAAAUGACUGAUGCCAAUGGGAAUAUACAACAAAGGACAGUGUUGCCAAAAUUAGUCAGUUGAACACUCAUUUCUUUUUUUUCUUUGGAAUUAUAAUAUUGGAAAUUGUGCAAAGCUGAGCAUUCAGAAGUGUGGCAUUUUUAGGAAUAAGAGUCGUUAAUGCAUAUCCACCAUUUAUGAACUGCUUCGUAGCACCUUUAGUUGGAUUUUUUUCUAGGAAAGCUCAAAUGGCCAAGAAAGGGGGAACAACACUUUUAAGUUUUUAUCUCAGGGCUGUGUUGAAUGCUGCUUUGAAGGAGCAUUCAUACAAUCUGGUCUAUAAUAACAAAAAGUCCCACUUGGUUUAAUACCUAAAUCUUGUAAAUGGCCUUGCCACAAUGAAGUAAUGGUAGGAUACAUUGAUUUGUGUGCUUCUGAAAUUUUAAUCACCACCCCCAGAUCCUGUCAGAUAAAUAGCGUGUUAAUGGAUGAGGAUUAAAAAUGCAUUUUACUAAAAGCUAUGCGAUCUGAGGCUUGUUGCAUUUCCCAGCAUCAUUGUUGUCAAUAUCAAGAAUAGAGAAUAUAAUCUAAGAGACUGGUAAAAGAAACAGACAGACUGUUAUGAGGUAGCAGAGAUAAUUUUUACAUGUUUACAUGAUAGAUUUGGUUUGUGCCUAUAAAUCUCUUGACAUUCCUUAAAGAAACUAAAUGAGGAAAAGAGAGAGUGUUUUAGAGUGGUCUACACUACAGUAGAUUAAUGGCAAAUUUAAAGGAAUUUAUGUGGUUUGAUAGAAACUAGGCUAUACUGUUCUCAGUAGUACUUGACAGGUGUACAUUCGUGUAAUUAUAAGCUAUUCGCUGGAAGAGUUGCUUUUGAACUUGUACUGUCCUGGAAGGAGAAAUAACUGGUGCUUUACCUUUUUAUUUAUGAAUUUUUUAUAGCUUGAAACUUUGUGUUUUGAAAUGAAACUUAAUGCUCACUGAACAAUCGUUGUUGUGUAAUCUCAAUGAGUGAAGACUGGUUAGUUUGCAAGUUAGGGUCUAGAUUCUUUUUGUCUUGUCUCUAAGGUGAAUGCUUUUUUUUGCAGUGACUAGGAUUAAGAAUUGAAGAAUAGGAAGGCAGAUCAUUGCAUUUACCUGAAUGCAAGCAAGUAACAAUGCUAAUGCAAGAUAAAUAUUUUAAGUGGACGAUGUUAUGGCAGAGCAUGACACAUGAUUCAAGUCUUGAAUCAAAUUUAUAACCACUAAGACAAUACAGAUGGCUACAUUGCAUAUCCUCAUAUUGUUAAGUAAUCAUUGUGUGGACUUGCUAAUAUCAGGCCAGAGUUAAAAUUCUUAAAGGUUGUUCCCUUUUUUAAAUAAUAAAUAAUGCUACAAAUAAGUUAUUAAUAACACUUUUUUUCCCCAAAUCCAGAACCAUUGAGAUUGAAAAAGAAUAUUUCACUAGAACACAAAGACUGGCCAUUUUUGUAGCAUUUGUGACAUGGAAAGAAUAAUUUGACUGACAUGGGUGUAAAAGCUUGAUAAGUUUAACUUAUUUAUCUCGUUUUGUUGUCAAUGAAGAGCUAAUAUAGGUGGAACCAGUGGCCUGAAAAUGGCUUGUAUGUCAAAUGAGUGAUUUAUGGUGUAAUGCACAAGAAAUAUAUCUGCCACUAUUUUGAGAUCUUACUCUAGCAGGAGGUAGUCCUGCUUGCUUUCAACCAGUCACGGAUUGUGGGGGUGUGGAUGGAGGUCAAACUAUGGGCUGUCAGGGAGACCAGCAAAGCUGUAAUGCUCAAGUUGAUCCCCCCCAUCCCCAACCGGAGACUGGCACGGUGCCCUCCAGGCCUACUGCACACUGCACAGGGGCUCAGGGCCCUUUGGACACCCAUAGUGCUUUAUAGAUGCAGAAGUUACUUGCUAACAUCAGCAGGCAUUUCACAAUGUACUUUACACCUUUUUUAUUGUUCUGUGAAUUGACAGCAGUGUGGAAUAAUUGUGCCCUUAGGUUUAAUACAAUGUGCCUUUGGUUAUCAAUGCCAUUCAUUUUAUUUCAAACAAUGAUUCUCCCUUCUAUUUACUUUAAAAGACUCAUGGUGAUUCUCUUGCACAUGUUUGAGCAUCGCCCAAAGAUACUUCCCAAACCUCAUUAAAUGAGACUUGGGAAUAAGUGGCCGCACAGUUGAGGUUGUACAUGCAGUUUGGACACUCAAUGUUUUUUACACUAUGAUUUGAGAGGAGAAAUAACUUUUGGGCCCUUUUCCAACAGGGAUGUCUUAGUAAGAGACAACAAUUACUACAGUGACAGAACAAGUGUCUUCACCACUGCAUUCAUGUCGUCUUAACAUCAGAGUAUUCAAGGACAUACAUUUGGUUAAUUUUAUUACAAUAGAAAUAAGAACACAUUUUAAUAUUUUACCUCAGACUGUUGUAAUAUUCUUGUACUUUAUGAAUCCAGGGCAUUUGGUAUAUACCAAAGUGCUUUCCUUUCUGUGUUAGUGGCUAUGAGGGAAAAGAAGCCAGAAUUUCUCUUUUUACCUGAUCAAGAGGCCAUCAAGCCACUCAAGGGCAUGUCUUGAGAUUGAUAAUCCUCUGUGGAGAGGGAAUGGUGGGGGAAGAAUGCUUGAGCUCUAUUAGACAGUCACACCACCUGUUAAAAUGUCUGACAGAUGUAGCAUACCUCCAAACCUCUGUUACUUGACAUGGUUGGAUGUAUCUUCAGAGCAGUGAAAACUGCAACCCCAAGAAAUCCACAUUGAGUCAGUUGUCAUCCCAGUGUGCAAUACAGUGGUAGCAUUGUUGAGGAAAAUCAAACUACAUGGCUGAAAGUUACAUUUUAAAACCAUGUGCUUUUUACGAUUUUUAAAUGUAUGCCCUAACUUGAAUCUAGCUACCCACUGUCAACUUAGGUCAGUUCUUUUUUUUAAACAAAUCUUUAAAUGGAGGAACAAAGUUGACAUUGUUUAUAUUCAGCCACAGAUACGUACUGUACAUAUGUGAAUUUGUUGAGAAUUUGAUGUGGAUGUGUACAUAUGUAUAAUGUUUUCAUUUUGUGAAAUGCUGCUGAAAACACUACAUAUAUUGCUGUAGUGGGGUUUUAUUGUUGCCGGCCAGUUUAAUGAUACUGUAUGUAUUGUACAACUGACGGAAGAAGAGUUUUUUCUAGUGAUCAUUUGUUAAAUUUUAUUGUUGUGGCUGGAAUAUAUUAAUAAUAAAAGUUUUAA